AUGUCCACUCUCCUCUCCAGCCUGGGCCGUAACUUCGACGUUCAAUUGAGUCACCGUCAAGUAUUCCCUCCCGACGGGACUCGAACUGUGGACAUGCAACUGGCUGGGAUUGUAUUAUUGUUUGUCUUUCUGACUGUAUGGCUAUACGUACCGCUCCAGCUCGCGGCCGAGUCUCCUCUCUUCGACCGGCGUAGAUUAUGCUGUGGAUUGGCUUCUUUAUACUUUUGCUUCACGUCGAAUCGCUCUAUUGCUCAGUACUCAAGAGCUCUGUUACCUGAAACCGUGUCCAUUCUUGUAUGUUUAUUUGUGCUUAAUUUUUUUUCCCACAAUUCGCUCUCUCGCUUCACUCUCCCGCUUCACGCCGCCCUCACCACACCCCCUGACCAGAUUCAGCCAGGCGUUUCGGACUUGCCCAGUGGUGAUCUUUGUCUGUGCCAGUUGCCAGGCGAACAGUUGCCAUCCGACGUGUCGGCCAGACGUUUCGGUGCGGCCGACGAGACGGGCGUCAGCCCCACCGGCGCGCUCAACGAUGCCUCGAGUUCAGAGCAGUCUCCGACUCGAGGCCACGAGCCAACUCAUCCUCUCAUUGGCCGCAUCCACCGGUCGGCUCUGUCGCGAUGCCACUUUCGUCGAGUCCCGCCUCGUCGUCAGGCCGCCCGUCUCCGGGCCGAUCGAGACCAGGACCCGCUGCUGGUGCCCAUCUCGCCCGACCUGCAAACUGACCGAGUCCUGCACAACCGUUCGUUCAGCCGUCGUCUGACCGAGUCGCCAAUGUCCCUGCCUCGUCAGGCCUCCGACGAGCCCGUCGUCAGGGUCCGCAACCUGCGCGACUCCGGCAACACGUCGCCCCCGGCCUACAUGGGCCUGUUUCUGGCCAACCGCGAGGUCGACUAUCGCGACAGCCUCGCCGCCAGGCUGGGCCAAACCGCGGGACUCGGAGCACGACUCUGUCAGGAGCUCGGCUUCCCGGCCAACUCGACGACGCACCACAUUCCCCACACCGCCGAGCUCGUGUCCGCCGGACCUGGUCCUCCCACCGGCCUCGAGCUCACGGCCCUCAGACUCGCCCUUGGCAACACUUGGCCUGAGCCCCAACCGCAAACCCAGCCCAAGCCCAAACCCAAGCUUGAUGGCAAGGCCGAGUUCGAGUCCGAGUUCGAGUCCGAGUCCGAGGCAGGAUUCAUUAUUGCCAACGAACAGGCCGGACAGGCCGUCGACGUCUUUCAAUCCGUGCCUGGCCACAUGAGGCCGGUGGAGGCUGGUGAGGCGGAGACAAGCCGGCGGCAACGGCCACGGCAACAGCGACGGAGGCGGCCACCGCCGUCUGCUGCCGAGGAGUCGGGCUCAAGUCUGUCCAGUCUGGCCAGGGCGGGACUCGAGCCUGACGCUCUUCAGUCGGGCUCGUUUUCCGCCGCUUCCACGGCCUCGUUCACGGCGGCUGCGGCUACGGGCCGCGGCUCGACGGUCUCGAUGGGCCUCAUUGGUACGCCGGCCAGGCUACCGUCGCUUCUUCACGUCUCCGUCUCUUUUCCCAAGGGCCCGGCCGGCCAGGUCGACCAGUCGGCGGAUGGAGGCGAAGACGAGGCGACGAGACGUGAGGAACAGCGCCGGAGGCGUCGAGACGAGGCGCGUGAACGACGAGAACGCCAUCACGAGGAGCGCCAGCGAGCGAGAACCGGCAUCACGAAUCUUUCGAUACCGAUUUUGAUGCGCGAAGGCGUCUGCAUGCGACUGGCCGAGGCCGAGGCUGAACGCAUGCCGCAACGCCCAUCGGCCUCAGCCGGACUCACCGAGCCCGAUGCUGGCUCGUCUACAGACCUUGUCGUCCAGUUCCGAGUCGACUGGAUACAAGUGAUCUGGCCUUCUAGGCCGUCGUGA